AUGAUUCGAGGCUCAAGAUUAUUGUUGCGGCGUCAAUUGGCACGUAAAUAUCACGUAGAGUCAUUUGACAAGAGUGGGAUUUCUUUGGGGGGGUUUCGAACGGCAGAGCCUGUCAAGUUCAGAAACCUGUUCCUACGAGAUGCUUGUGCCAGUACAGAAUCAGUUGAUGUCAGUACAAAACAGAAGACCUUCUCUACGGCCCAACUUGGAGAUUCUAUAUAUGCUAAGAACGUAACUGUGAACCCGUCGACUCAGUCAUUGGACGUGGAAUGGGCAGACGGUCAUAAGAGUAGCUAUUCCCAGGACUUUCUCGAGACCUACAGCAAUACCGUUUCUCGUCGCAGAUAUAGACACCUUGAUCUUCACGACACCAAUAUUUGGAAUUCUGGAACAUCAAAAUUUACAUAUGAUGAUGCAUAUAGCACCUCCUAUAAGGCUUACUUGGAAUCGCCAAAUGACUUGGUAAAGUCGCUGCAAAGAGAUGGAAUUGCAUUUAUCACUGAUAUUCCCCCAGGAGAAAAGUUUAAUUCGUCUAAAAUUACUGUGGAACACAUUGCGGAACAAAUUGGGCCUAUUAAGAAUACAUUUUACGGACCAUCAUGGAACGUUAUAUCUCAGUCAAUGGCAAAAAAUGUAGCUUACACUGCGGUAUAUCUUCCAUUACAUAUGGAUUUGUUGUAUUUUGAAUCACCGCCAGGUGUACAAUUACUUCACGUAAUUGAAAACAAUACAAUUGGUGGUGAAUCCAUAUUUGCCGACUCUUUUGCGGCGGCACUCCAUAUUCUAGAAACGGAUCCUGAUGCAUAUUCGGCUCUGACUGAAGUGCCAAUUAGCUACCAUUAUGUCAAUGACAACCAGCAUUAUUAUUUCGCUAGACCACUUAUCGUCGAGGAUGUAAACAGUUCAGUUGACGAGAAAACAGGUAGAAGAGCAAUUUCACACAUUAACUACUCGCCUCCAUUUCAAGGGCCAAUUGAUGCUAUAGCAACUACCCACGACGUAGCUGACAAUGUUGUCACCAACUUUUACCGAGGGUUGCGACUCUUUGAAGAGUAUAUUGAGAACCCUUCCAACCAGAUUGAGGUUAAGAUGGCAGAAAACACUUGUGUGUUGUUCAUGAAUAGGAGAACUCUCCAUGGACGACAACAGUUCCAGCCAGGAUCGGGAAAUCGCUGGUUCAAAGGAACCUAUCUUGAUAUUGACUCGUUCCAAUCCAAACUGCGUACUAGCAAGUCCUAA